AUGCUUCGCAGCUUCAAAGGAGUUUCGAGCAACUCCGUGCCCACCUCAGGAGGAAAUCAAGAGCACGAGCCAGGUGGACGCACGAUCAUCUAUGUGCACAUGCGGGAUGACGUCGACAAGGUGAGCAAGCAACUCAAGGAAUUGCUGCCCUCAUUGAGCGAGCAAGGGUCAGCUGUGACAGUCGGGUCCUACCAUGCCAGAAUCCAGCAGCGUCAACGAGACAAAGCUCAUUUCGAGUUCUCCAGCGCGGGAGGAGAUCGGGUGAUGGUCGCCACGGUGGCGUACGGCAUGGGCGUACACUUCCCGGAUGUCCGGCGUGUGUACCAUUUGGGCUCGCCGUGGACCGUGGAGAGCUAUCUGCAACAGAUUGGUCGAGCCGGUCGAGAUGGUGAGCCGGCCACGUGUGAAGUCAUCUCUGCAAGCCGGGACUUUGCCCGAGCCGUGUAUGCACAAUCCUCUGACAGCGAGGAAUGGGAGCGGAAGUCCAUGGAGCAGAUGCGGCAUCUACUUCAUGGACACAGCUGUCGCUGGUUAGAACUGCUGCGCUACCUGGGCGAGGAGCCAGAGUUCGGCUCGCGUUGUGGCGUGUGUGACAUCUGUUUAGCCGAAGGUGGAAAGGAGGCCGACCGCGACCUUGCCAGAGAAGCGAUCGAGAUCCUUCGGCUCGUGAAGGCCGGCUCUGUCGCAGCACAGGAGGUGGUGCUUGCGGGCACAACCUUGCACACUUUGCUUUGCACAGCAAAGAUCCGCGAGACGGGCAAUCUUGGUCUUGAAGAGAGAUUUCAUCGUCAGGAAAUUACCGGACUCAGCACGAAGAUAAAGCUGAAACAGUAUUUGCAGGAGGUCGUGGAGACAUUGGCUGGUACGUUCGAGGUCCUCGUCCAGACAGCCAGAGGGCGGAAUUUCCUUGAAGAAGUUUCCGCAGGAAGCACAGGGCUCAGGAUCGCACCGUAA